AUGUAUUGGACCUACAGCUGUGUGUUGUUAGUGUGUAUGUGUGGAGUCAGGACUCAGGUUAUACCGGGAAAGGCGCGCGCCAGUGAUGGAGAUUACAAUAGCGUGAAUCCUGAUGGAUCUUUCGAUUUUGGGUACGCCAACAAGGACCGAGGAGCUAGCUACCACUUGGCACACGCCAAUACUAAUGGAGUCGUCGGAGGGAGAUUCGGUGCCAAGGACCCUGCUACUGACACUGUGAAGGAGACUGUUUACACUGCUGGUCCUAGAGGAUUCCGCGCGAAAGGUCCGAACGUACACAGAAUAACAGAUCUAGACCAACGACCCCGGGGGAACAUCGGUAACAAGGAUGACCCAUACUUUGACCCCAACGAAGACCCCAGCUACUCGUUCAAGAUCGACACUAGGACCUACACGAAGAACGAAAAUGCUGACAGCAGGGGAGAUGUCACAGGUCAUUAUUCCUUCGUGGAUGAUGUGGGGGAACGCCACGAAGUCUCCUAUAUAGCCGGGAGAGACACUGGAUUCCACGUGUCUUCAGCUCAUCCUGAUAAUCCCAGCAUUAUCGGGUCUCCUUUCCAUCGGGUCCCUCUGGUCAGGGGAGAGACGAAAGCCAGGGGAAGGACCGCUGUGCAAAGAGGAAGGGAUGGAUCUUAUAGGUUCAUAUCGGCGGGUCCCGACCAGCGGAGGACGGAGAGCAGUGACUCUCAGGGCAACGUCAGAGGAUCAUACACCUUCUUGGAUGACAAGGGUGUGCAGAGGACAGUAAACUACAUUGCAGGCCCCGGCAUUGGCUACCGUAUUGUGAAGAACAGCAACGACCCUUACAUUCCGCCGUACUUCCCCACCAUCCCCAGCCCCUACGACCCUGAGUUUAUCAACGCUGGCUCUAAAUAUGGCGCUGGAAGUCCACCUGCUGCUUCUUCGGAUGAUGUUUUUAAAGGUCCCGAUGGCACAGCCGCCUCUGGUCACGUAAAACCACCACCGUUCCCAGUCAGUGAGUCAGACAGAACUAGUAACACAGCUCCAGCAUCAGGACCAGCUCCUCCGGAGCCCAGUUCUGAUGACAAUAGCGAACCGCAGUACAACCCACCACCAAACUUCAGCCAAAACGCAGGAGCUGAUGAUGGAACUUUCGUAGACGAAGACUCAUCACCAACAGGACCAUUUGGACCCCCGCAGCCGACCAAAGGACCAGGCAAACCGGGCCGACCGGGCCGCCCGGGCCGACCGACCAGCAAACCUUAUAGGCCGACGAAGAAACCGUAUGUGCCACUAAAACCUUUCCAGACACCAAAUGACAUAAGCGACGAACUAAUACACGAGGAACAUGAUCAUAACACACCCGAGUUCGGAGUAGGCUUCAAUAUAAACCGCCACAAGCCCGGUACUACGAUUAUUAGGAAUUUAGGAAGGGAUUACUUCGGUGUUCCUCCCGGGGUCUCGGUCAGGGCUCAUGUACAAAGUAUUGACUUGUAUCCAUUCGGCUCUAAGCCCAUAUCGCCUGCUGAAGCUUUAGAAAACGACCAGACGUAA